GAGAGGCGGCGGGGGCCAGAGCAGCCUCUUCCUUCCUUCCUGCGAGCCGAGCCGAGCCGAGGCGCUCCGCAGCCGCCAGCCAGCCAGCCAGCUAGCAGGGGAUCAGCAGGCGGAGAAGGGAAAGCGUCGCUGCGCAUCGGAGCCGGCUUCGGCUGGGCACGGCGGAUGCGGCUCUUCCGCGCUUUGCGGGAAGGGGGGACCGUCCCCUGGCCGAGCCCGAUGCGCGGCGCCCGGGCUUGGCGAGAGACCUCCUCCGGGAGCCGGCGGUGGGGAUCCCCUCUGCGCGCUCCGGCUCCCCAGUGACCGGCCAGGGACCUUUGCGCUCCGGUCGUCCCUCGGCCGCAGCGGCUGGGCGCGGGUGGCCCGCGGAAGAGGGGCUUUCCUUUUUUCCGAGGAGGGGCUGGGGGUGCCGAGCCGGGCGAGGGGCGCGCCUUGAUGUGCAUCUAGGCACCGGGGAGGGAGGGAGGGAGGGAGGGAGAGAGCGCGCUUUGCAGCCAGCGCACCCCUAUGCGCGCGUCGCCGGAGGAUCCCGCAGGAGGACCCCCCGUCUCCUCCGCCCAGCAGCCCCCUGCCCGGCUGGCGCGCCGCCGCCCCCAGCCCCCUUUAUGUGAGUCUCUCCGGCUGUCUCCUCCCGCGGCCGGAUGGCGGUAGACCGGCGUCCCGAGGAGGGGGGCCAAGGCCGGCAAGCGCCCGAAGAGAACGGGUCCUUGCCUCCCGGGAAGGCGGUCCCUGCGGCGGCCGCGGCCGCACCCCCUGCGGCGGGGGGUCUGGCGGCGGAGAUCCAGAGCCUGCCCCCUCCCUCUGCGCCGCCGCCGCCGCCCACCGGGUCCUGCAGCCCCCUGCUCUUGGAUUACGAUGGCUCCGUGCUGCCUCUGCUGGGGGGCGGGCACCAGAAGACCCUGGUCCUGCUCACCUGGAUCCCGGCGCUGUUCAUCGGCUUCAGCCAGUUCUCCGACAGCUUCCUCUUGGACCAGCCCAACUAUUGGUGCAAGGGCACCCAUGGGCGAGGGAACUGGACGGAGCACCCUCCGCUGCCCGCCGGCGCGCUGUCCGCCGGCCAGGGAUACAACCACACCUACAGCAGAGGGAUGCUGGCCGCCCCGGAGCUGCCCACGCCGGAGGCCAAGAAUGCCAGCCAGUGCCAGUGCAGCGAGCGGCACUAUUCGAUCACGGCCGGCCUGCACCAGAAUGUGGUCAGCAAGUGGGACCUUGUUUGUGAUUCUGCCUGGAAAGUCCACAUUGCAAAAUUCUCCCUUCUCGUAGGAUUAAUCUUUGGCUAUCUAAUCACAGGAUGUAUAGCUGACUGGGUUGGUCGCCGGCCAGUGCUCCUCUUCUCUGUCCUAUUCAUUUUGAUAUUUGGACUAUCUGUGGCCCUCUCCGUGAAUGUGACAAUGUUCAGCACUCUCAGGUUUUUUGAAGGGUUUUGCCUGGCUGGAAUAAUCCUUUCGCUGUACGUACUGCGGAUAGAGCUGUGUCCUCCCAGUCACCGUUUCAUGAUCACCAUGGUGGCAAACUUCGUGGCAAUGGUAGGGCAGUUCCUCAUGCCAGGCUUGGCUGCCCUCUGCAGGGACUGGCAAGUUCUCCAAGCAGUCAUCAUCUGCCCUUUCCUGCUGAUGUUACUUUACUGGUUUAUUUUCCCAGAAUCCCUUCGGUGGCUGAUGGCCACACAGCAAUUUGAAGCAGCGAAGAAGCUCAUCCUUCACUUAACUCACAAGAACAGAACAAACACAGAAUGCGAUAUCAAAGGAGUGAUGCCUGGCGACAGGUGGCCCCCCACAGCUCUGCCAGGAAGUGAGGAAAACAACAACCCAUCACGGAGCUCUAGUGGGCUUGCUGUCAGGGAACUCCAGAUGGGGGAUGUAGGAAGCAGCCAGACUGAAGAACUAGAGAAAGAGCUUGGCAGGAGGUCAAAGAAAGUCUGCAUCAUUAAAGUGGUAGAAACAAGAAAACUCUGGAAAAACAUUGUUGUGCUAUGCAUCAACUCGCUGACCGGGUAUGGGAUACACCACUGUUUUGCAAAGAGCCUGAUGGGUCACGAAGUUCAACAGUCACUCACUGACAAUUUCUAUGCGGACUACUAUACCAUGGCAGGGAUUACACUGGCAUCCUGCCUGGCCAUGUGUCCAGUGGUUGGAUUCCUUGGGCGAAGAGGGGGACUACUGCUUUUCAUGAUCCUCACAGCUCUGGCGUCACUUCUACAACUAGGCCUUCUCAACUUGAUCGGAAAAUACAGUCAACUUCCAGACUCAGGUAUGAGUGACACCGUCAAGGACAAAUUCUCCACAGCCUUUUCCAUCGUGGGCAUGUUUUCGUCACAUGCAGUUGGAAGUCUCAGUGUUUUCUUCUGUGCUGAAAUCACACCAACAGUGAUAAGGGGCGGUGGGCUCGGCCUGGUCCAGGCUAGCGCAGGCUUCGGUAUGCUGACGGCACCAAUCAUGGAGCUCCAUAAUCAGAAAGGCUAUUUCCUGCACCACGUGAUCUUUGCCUGCUGUACUCUCAUUUGCAUCAUCUGCAUUCUGCUCUUGCCUGAGAGCAAAAACCAGAACCUGCCAGAGAACAUUCCAGACGGUGAACAUUACACCAGGCAGCCUCUCCUGCCACACAAGAAGGGGGAGCAGCCGUUGCUGCUGACGAACUCUGAGCUCAAGCACUACGAUUCAGGAGCCGUGAGCGACGGCGUGACCGAGAGCGUCACUGCCAAUGGGAUGAAGGCUCUGUAGCUCGCUGGUGGAAGAGCAUAUUUUGGCCUGGAAAGUGCUUUCCACACAAAGUUUACAGACCAGUGAAAGAAGGGAUGGAUACACAGGGGAAAUGGACUCUGCUGCUAAUGCCACUUAUUGUAGGGAUUGUUGAUUUGGGGUGCAAAUGGCUUUGGAAACAGUUAUGGGGGGAAACACAUCUUCGAAGCAAACUGGCUGGAGUUAAUCACCCAUUAACUUUUUUUUUCCUGCCAUGAAUUGUUUCUAUUUAUUUUAAUGUUGGGGGGGGGGGUCCAAGAAGCACUUUAUACCCUUUUCCUCUUGUUGACCACAAACAUAAAGCCAUGUCGUUGUUCCUAAGAAGCGCAGCCAUUCCAAGAAAGAAAUCAUGGGUUUUUUUAAAUAUAUCUACUAUUGUUUCUGUGUUUUGUUGGAGGAAUGAGACCUCUGUUGCUGCGACAUUGAAUUAAUUAACUGACAUUUUAAGUUAGGUGCAUUUUCUUUGUCUCUCCAGAUAGUCUGCUAUCCUACCUAACCACCCCUCUCCAGGUAAACCUACUGUAUAAGUGUGCAUCCAAAGCUCUGCCUUGAAAUUUCAACUACACUGUAGGCAGCAAAAGUAAGAGCCCUGGUGUAUUUUUUGUAAAAGCUCUUUUCAAAAUUAAAGCUAGAAAAGUCCUGGUAUUGCAGUUCAAAGUCAAAAACAAACCACUCUCAAAACAGGCUAGAUUUUUCAAACUUGGAUCAGACGUGUGGAUUUAAAUGAGGAAGGUGGCUGUAUAUCAAGACUUCUUGCAAGCGAUGAUUAAUAAUUUUAAAUAUAAGCAAUUUCAAAUGCAUUGUGUGGUGGUAAAGUCGAGGCUUCACCGAGAGUGGUUUUCGUCUAACCAGUGGUCUAGAAACUGACAACGGUAACAUUUUGUAGCAGAAUAUUUCCAAGUUGGGAGGGGGACGUGAAGGCUCAAGGGAUUGGGACACGAAAACAUUUGUUCCCAAAAUCAUCUAAGCUGGAAUUGCAAUUAUCCCAUCAUUGGCAUUGCUUUGUGCCCUCACUGUCCUGAAGACUGUUCAAUUCUGAUGGGUGGAAUAUUGAAGUGAACAAACCUAAUGUAAAUGGAAUGCUAAAAUAAGUAAAGGUUUAAGAUUAGGAGAAAAAAGAGGAAGGAAUCUACAAUUGUCUCAAGGAAUCUGCAAAGGGGUCGUCUGAUGUUUCCGUAGAGACAGUGGCCUUCCUGCGAGUUUGGCUUGCAAUUGUCAAACCAUUGUUCAAGGGUAACUGGAGCUACUGCCUCCACUUUGAAAACCUAUAGGAAAUGGCCACCAUAAGUGCACCAAAACCAAAUCCCAAGUGCUCUUGUAGGAUUUCCUCUGCUCCUCCAAUAUAUAAAUCGGUCCCAUUGUUUCAGGUGACUGUCAGUAGAGGCUGACACCCUGACCUUUAAAGAUAUUUGGAAGUAUGCUCCACUGAAAUCCAUGAGUGCUUGCUCCUCUACUUUGGGCUGGAGUGUCAGUGAAAAAACAAAAACAAAUUAUCACCCUCCCCCUUUCCUAAAAGGUCAGCAAUAAUCUGUGCUAUUUAAACCAUAGUUCUGGUGCACGCGCUGGCCAUUUUCUACCCUCAGCUGAUAACACUGGAGCAAGCUUAGCACGAGUACCUUCUAAACAGGUUGCUGUUUUGCAUCUAGUUAACCGUCCCACUUCCCACCCCUCCACUCAGACGAUGUGUUCACAAUUGCCCCCAUAGUACAGCCAUUCAAACUAAAUGCAACAGUCAGAUGUGUGGUGAUGUGUAUGGCCAUCUGUUUAACUGUCACUUUGGUGUACAUCAUGGGCAAAGGACUUUUUUUUUUGUCCUUUCCUCCCUGCUAUGUCCCUUCUUUGCUCUCUCUAUAUUGUCUGUCAACUGACUUAUCUGUAUUUCUACUGGCUUCCUCCGUCAGGUGGCUUUUUUUGCAUUCUGAUGACCAGCGCAAAGCCAACAGUGUUGCUUGGCAUGUAGCAAGCAGAGCAGCCUUCCACACUAGCCGACUGAGCAAAACUGGGCCUGCACACGAGGACAGGCAUCUGUGUACUUGAGCAGAAUAACAAUGUUGUUAAGCUGCAGAUUUUCAAACUGAGGAUGAGACAUUUGGGGGAAUGUUUCUCAAAUCUUACUAGGGAAAACAAAAAACACUGGCUCGGUCAAUGGUCAAUUGAUUUGUUCCCCCCCCCCCCCCGAAGUGCCACUUCUGUGUUCAUCUCAGUGGAACUCGCUGAACCAGCGCCAGCCAACUACUUCUUACACUCUCUAGUGAACCCUCUGGCUUUAAACAACAGAAAAACAGCUGCUUCUCCCCCAUCUUUCUUUACAUCUGGAUGAUUAUCUUACAUUUGCAGAGGGGGAAAAAAAACACAAGGCCUUUUUGAAAUUGUGCAGUAUUCAUGUGCCAAAUCUGUGUGAUGCCUAUUGCUUUUUUAUACAGUGCUUGUAACAGCUGCGUCUCAAGAACAGCAGGUUUCUAGUGAAAUGUAUGAAGUAUAAAUUUUAAUUAUUUUUAAAUGGAGUGGGGCCUUUGGAAAACAUUGGGAGGGGAAGAGAGAGAAGAGAAUUCAUUCGUGGCCCUGCACUGACUCCAAGCGAACGCACAGCACUUUUUGCAAUUGAUGUUGUAUGGAAGAGCUUUUUAAUUCCCCUGUCUCUGCAUAUAUAUUCUUAAGGUAGAGUUCAAAUCAUGUUGACCAUUCACCAGCCUAUGGACGCAAUCACAUUUUAACACUAUUAAGUCCUUCUUUUUUUUUUUGGUAUUUGUUGUCUGCUUUUAUCCCUGCUCUGAUAUGAUGCUCCUAAACUUUACAGAUAGGAACAGAAGAACAAAGAGCUCAAGGCGGCAGGGGAGAAUUUCAACAUUAAGGAAGUUGACGGGAGCAGUCCCUCCUUUAUUUUUUAUGAGAAAUGUGACAAUUGGACUUGUAGUUUGUUCCUCGUAUCUCAUAGAUUCUGCAGGAUUCAAAGGCACAAAGUCGUUUCCCAUCCCAGUAUUGUUGUUGCUGAUGAGACUGAAGCACUGAAUGCGUGGAGCUGCUGGAUACUGAGUCAGACCAUUUUUCGAUCAGUGUCGGCCCCUUCCGGACAUGCAGAAAAAUGCACUUUCAAUCCACUUUUAAUGCACUUUGCAGCUGGAUUUUACUGUGUGAAAUAACAAAGUCCACUUGGAAACCAUUGUGAAAGUGCAUUAUUCUGACUGAGAGCAGCUCUCCAGCAUCUCAGCUUGAGGUCUUGCACAUUGCUUACUGCCUGCUCCUUUUAAUUGGAUAUGCCAGGGAUUGAACCCAGGGCCUUCUGCACGCAAAUCAAAUGCUCUGCCACUGAGCCAUGACCCCGUCUGCUGCAUCAGUACUUGUAGAGUACUUCUUGUUGUAUACUUGAUUCAGGAUGGUUUUAGAAAAGAAGGCAGUGCUGAAUGAUCCACCUCACCAAGAGAAGGCUGCCAAACGUGUGCUACAGGGCAGGCUUGUGUUUUUCCAGUACUAUGGUCUGUUUCACAUAAAGAUGCUAGUAGUUUGAAUAUUCCUCCACCACAGAACAAAGCAGGCUGGACCUUCUUUGUUAUAGAAUGCUCUGUCUGGGUCCUAAUGCCUACCUAGCCCUUCUCCCCCAUCGGUUUGAAAGUAAACAUACAUUUUGGCAUAAAUGCUAUUGUAUUGAAGAACCAUAUUCAAUAAUGCACAAAAUAAUGGUUUGACAAAGGCAGUGUGUAAAAAUGAAUAAUUCUCAUACUCGUUCAGGACUACAUUCUAAUGUGGAGGCACAUAAUUUUCUCAACCACUGCACCUCAACUGACUGAACUAACAUCUUUAUGUGAAACAGGGUAUACUAUAGACUGUAUUCUGACAGUCACUGAACAGCCUUCCUGCCUCUACAAUCCCAAAAGGUUAUUUUCCCGUCCCUAGCAAGCCACCAUACAUGGCUAGUGAGCCGCAUUUGACAUGGUGAGUUCCAAGUUCCACAGAUGCUGAUACAACGUUUUGACAAUAUUGUCCACUUCACUGUAUGAAUUAGGGUUUCUCAGUGAUUUUGUCAAAUUCUGAGCAAUUAAGACACCUCUGUCAGAUGGCAAUUAAGACACCUCUGUCAGAUCUGUAGCCUUUUAGGUCCUUUGUGGUAUGUCAGCUACAUUUAGCAAGUUAUCAAGUGUUGGGUUGUAUCUUUUGUUUUUGUAUCUCCAGGUGCUCUGCAGUUCUAGAAGGUCAAGGAGGCGAGUUCAUUGUGCUGGGUAUCAGGGAAACACUCAGGACUUGUUUGCAUUACUUUACAGGGUUUCUUCAAAGUCUAAGAGUAGAAGCAGAAGUGAGCAGAUAAAACAAGCAGGGAGUGGAAAGAACCUCCCUUGUCAGAAUGUAGAAGGGAUAUCACUGACUAUGGUGUCUGAAGCCACUGAACGAAGACAUGGAAAGGCCACACUGAACACCAAAGAAGACAAACACACAUACCCAAAAAAAGACCUGUUUAAAGUGUAACAUGAAAUUACCACAACAAAUAAUUUCCUGCUACAUUUCGAGAAGACAGACACAGCUACUCUGUUUCUAGGAGAAGUUGCAUGUGUCCAUUUUGAAAAAUCCCCCUGAGGAAGUUCAAGACCUUCAAAAUUGCUAGGGAUUUUUGUAACAUACUGCUACCAGAAAAGGGGAAUUUCAUUUUUCUAAUCACAUCUGUUUUGGUCUUUAACUUUUUCUGUGAUGUACACAUAUAGCCUGCUUUGGUUUCUGAUGAACAGGUUUUUGUUGUGCUCGAAAAACCAGCAAAGCCUUUUUGUCAGAGAUAAUAGCGAUACCGAAGACAUGAAGGUAUACAUCCCAGCAAUAGGUUUCAGCUGACUUCCUGGAGGGAAUUGACUUCUAGGAGGAGUCAGCAUGGUGUCAAAGUUAAGAGUGGUGGACUCUAAUCUGGAGAACCGGGUUUGAUUCCCCACUCCUCCACAUGAGUAGCAGACUCCUUAUCUGGUGAACUGGAUUUGUUUCCCUACUCCUACACAUG